UGUCACACCUCUACUUCCAAGCAUCCUUCAGCAGCCGGCGAGGACGCUCACUUACUGCAGCUUACGGAAAGGGAAGAGGAAAUCUGUGAAAGCUGUCACCAAGAGGUUUCUGCGGCUGCACAAUGGCCUUUGGGUUAGGAGAAAGGCUGGGUAUAAGAAGAAACUGUGGAAGAAGUCGGCCUCCCAGAGGAAGCGUUUGCGAGAGCUGACGCUGUGCACUAGGACGCAAUGUAAGCUCCUUGAUAAAAUGACCACUUCUUUCUGGAAAAGGAGAAAUUGGUACGUGGAUGAUCCCUACCAGAAGUAUCACGACCGCACGAAUCUUUGUGUGUAGAAAUCUU